AUGAAUAGCCAACGUGUUGUAGUAACUGGUGUGUCAGGCAGUAUUGGUGCUGUUAUAGCACGUUUGUUCCCUACUCACGGUGCUAAUGUUUCAUUACAUUAUUAUCUCAAUGCUACGGACGAACAAGCUGUCAAAAAAGACUUUGAAGAUAGUUGUAAUCAUUUUGAACUUGUCAAUGUUUGCAUUGUUAAUCGUGAUGUGUUCAAAGAAGAUGAUAUUCCUAUUUUGGACAUGUUCCUUGAUCAAUGGCAAAAUACAAUCAAUGUCGAUUUGACGUCCUACUUUCUGUAUGCACGCGAAUGGUGUCGACCGUUAAAAUAUCUCCAACCAGCGAAUCAUGAUAAUAUCAAUGCGACCCUUAUCGCUAUUGGUUCAGUGGCAGGCAACUUUGGUCGAGUCAAUCAUAUUGAUUAUGCAACAGCAAAAGGUGCUUUACAAUCUUGUUUCAUUAAAUCAUUAAAAAAAUGA